AUGUAAACAAUUUCGGACGAGGCCCGCUCUGGUCUUCUCCGAGAGGUGCAGAUUGCGACACUCUUCGACGUACAAUCGCGAGCAGCGUGUCGGCGGGUCCGCGAAGUGGUUCAGAGACGAGUUUUGUUCCAAGUUGUUCAAAGUAGGAAAUAGGGCAAAAGACUCUAUCUUCGUGUAUUCAUUUUAUUUUUCGUUUAUUCCGAUUAUUAUUUUAUUAAUUAUUUUUAUUCUUGGCUUAAUUUUAUUUCGUUAUAAAUACAUACAUUUAUGUAGUUUAGUUUAAUAGACUUCGCAAUAGUUCACGCGUCAAAAUUGUGUAUCGGUGCAACAGUUCAGGGUGUGUGUUCUACUCUCCUUCCUCCAGAAAUCUGACAACAGGAAAAUAGCAGCAAUAGAAUUUGGAUCAUUAUACGGAAUUUUUCCCCAUAAUCCGAUUUAUUAAUUAUGUACAAAACGGUACGAAAGGGCGAUGCCAGCCUGCAGUACACAAUUCUGCCGCAAACCGACCAGUUCUCAUCGUCUGGUUUCCCUCAGACCUCGAGCAAACCGAGACCGAGAAUCAUUAAAUACACCAUGGGCACCUUGAUGAUCCUCAUCAUCCUGUCCUGUGUGGCGACUCCGUUCCUGAUGAAUCAAAACGACCAGAGUCUGUUCGCCAACACUGUUCUAGCGAUGGGUCGUGUCAGUCACAACACAAUAGCCAGGAACUCGUCGAGGAGUCAAGCAAAAGACGUCGUACACAAAAGCAAAAGCAGAUUACCGCUGACAACGUCAUCGACGGAAGUCUAUAGAAAACCGGAUGUUGAGAACGAGAUGAGCACAGUGUUGGGGAUGUUGAAGGCGGAGGUACAGGACAGCGAGGAUCUUACGAUUACAGACUUCGUGUCAAACAGCACGCAGCAUUUGCACACUUCCUCGGAACCAACAAGAAGUGUCCGACAUACAUCCACCUCCGUUCCAUCAACUUUACCUCCAACGUUUUCGACGACGUUCAAAACGGUAAUCAGUACACCAAACGAAGUAACCAAAACGUCAGCGAGCUCGGUGAGAAAGGCGCAAAUGCCGAGGAUAACCUUGAAGCUUCGAGAGAAUGAAACAAUACCACAAAUGUACAUGAAGGCGGGGAUAGCUUCGUACAAGAAAGGAAACAUUACGACUAGCGUCCUGGCGCAUGGCCUAAGUCUCGAGGGGUUAAUCUUCAAGACGCCGGAGGGAACGAUAAAGCCGUGGCCGCAGAAGUGGUUCUUCACUGACCCCUCUUCCGACUUUCAAUGGAAGGGAUCAAACCAGAUGCCAGUAAUGAUUUACAUAGUCCUGGCAGGGCUGGCAGCGAUGGCAAGCAUCAGCAUUGUUCUCAUGUUCUACGUGCAGCGAAAGGCCAUAAGACGCCAGCGUCAGAGCGUCGAGGAACCAGAAGUGGAGGGUCACGAGGAAGAUAAAUCGACCUUGUUGGGCAGUGAGAGUCAGGAAACCGAGGAGAAGGAGUAAUCGUGAUUCUACAACAGGGAAACCACGUAGCUCGUAAGACUCGCAUAUUUUUACAACACGCGCAUCAGUUAGGUUAGGUACCUCGCGUCAAAGACCGAAGGGAUGAUUAUGAAGGCGUUGGAAACACCGAAUAACAUUUGUUUGAUCGAAUACUAGAGGCAUCAGUUAUGGAAUUGACAAAUGAUUAUCAUUGAUUACAUUUGCUUACACACUUAUUGUUUUUUUAUGAAAUAAUACAAGUUAAGAUGGCAUAUACGUACACUUGACAUUUCUCUUAGCUUUUAACGUGUAACGAGUAACACGAUUAUUACUUUUGAUACAAAAUGUUGUUAAUAAUUAAAGUUGGAUAUCGUUGACAAUUUGCUUAUUGCGAUUCACGAGACUCUUAAGAAAAAAAUUUUAAUUCAUAUGAUACGGAAUUUAAUAAUCCUACGAGACAGUUAUUAAAAUAAUUGAAGUCCAAGAUCUCUCGUCUAUAAGAAUAUUUGCAAAACUAGGGGGUCCUAGGCUAGGGACGCUCAGCAAGUAAUAAGCAGGGCAUGAGCGCUCGCCGAUGCCCGGAUUUGCACGCGAGCACUGUUACGGGCUCGAAGUACGCCCUUGUCUCGGACAAAUUGUUGGGAGUGGUGGGGUACUUCCCAUUCCCAAAGUUUCCCGAGGUCAUGCAGCUGAAUGCCUUUCACUUUUCAAUCUGAUUUACAACUCUCAUGUGUCCACAUCAAAGCAUCGCGUAUAGGACAAGGAACGCACUGGAUGUCCGUGUAAACUUUACGAUGUCACGUGAUAUCGUCUGCCCUUCGUAACACGUGCUCGUAGACCUAUCGUCGCGAUGAUGCCCUCUCCCCGCCAUGGAUCGAUAAUCGCAGUAGUAUAGGCAGCUAUGCCCGUGACAAGUCCGACUGCACUCAGGCGGUCGUACGGUGACCUACCUGAGCGUGCCUGGCCUAGGCGAAUAAUCGACCUGAUCUCUUGAAUUGAUAGUAAGCACGUUUUUGUGUCCCUUUAAAUAGAAUUUCUCGGCCACAAGGAUUUUUUUUCUUUGCAAAUACGACUGAAACGUAUGGUGAUAUGAUUAAUAUUUUAUUUGGCACUUAGAUUCUUUUGCACAAUAAUAAUGAUUUAUAAUUAUAUAAAUGAGUGAUGUUUCAUUAAAUAGGUGACAGAUUUUCUUGAGAAUUCAUUUGUCAUUCAAAUUUGGGUGACAUGACAAUCAGUGUUAAAAAUAAUAAAUUAGAUGUGUUGACGCAUCGUAGUCCGAUCGAUUUUCUACUAAUAGUCUUUUGUCAAAAGUAAUAGAACUAUAUUGUUUUUAAUAACUUUAUGAAAAAGGUAUAAACCUAUUAUAUGUUUUUUAUUUGAAAAUAUCGAUUUCCUCCUAACGAGAGUGCUUGAAACACUUCUGGUCGUUUAAAUAAUGUGGAAUUUAAUAACAUUACUUUUCAAUAAUUUUUUGCAUCGAAACAGCGUUCGUCCAUAUCGCUUGGUAUUUUUAUAAAAUUGGAUAGUUUACAUAUGCAAUUAAAUAUUCUUAUGCAGACCGAAUAAGAGACAUAAUUUAGAGUAGAAUAUUUUCAUGGAAAUUAAAUUUAAAUUUUAGAUGGGAAAAACUUUGAAAAUUAUGAAAAAUGGAAAUAUUUAUUAAAAAUGUU